GAUAAUGAAGUCUAUUGAUUCUAUUCUCCUCCGAAGAUUAAGUCCAUGAAGCACCGAUUUCGGUGAAUUAAUUUUUGGAAUGAAUUUUUGCUAUUUUUGGCCAAUUUUUUUCGAAAGGGCAUUUUCCUUGGAUUUUGAAGGCUACAUAUCACGGAUUCGGCCUGAGGCUAUUUUUCGACGAUGAUUAAGUUCAUUAAGCACCAAUUUUGACAGUUUUCUUUCACGUCCAAUUUUGGCAGACUCCAAUUGGGUACCAUCAUGAUUUCGGGCGAUUUUCCCGAAAUGUCAUUUUCUUUUGAUUUUGAAGGCUACAGAUCACGGACUCAUCACGAGGCCAUUCUCCACAUAUAAGAAGUCUAUUGAUCCUAUUCUCCACCAAAGAUUAAGUCCAAGAAGCACUGAUUUGGGUGAAUUCAUUUUCAGAUGACAUUUUCUCAAUUUUAUGGGGGUUUUUUCAAAAGGUCAUAUUCCUUGGAUUUUGAAGGCUACAUAUCACGGAUUCAACCUGAGACUAUUAUUCAACGAUGAUUAAGUCCAUUAAGCACCGAUUUGGAAGGAUUUCUUCCAGGUCCACUUUUGGCAGACUCCGAAGGGUACCAUCACCGAUUUCGGGCGAUUUUCCCUAAAUGUCAUUUUCUUUCGAUUUUGAAGGCUACAGAUCACGGAUUCAGCCCGAGGUUAUUCUUCACAGAUAAUGAAGUUUAUUGAUCCUAUUAUCCACCGAUGAUUAAGUCCCUGAAGCACUGAUUUGAAGGAAUUCAUUUUCGGAUGGCAUUACCACAAUUUUUUGGGAAUUUUUUUCGAAAUGCCAUUUUCCUUGUAUUUUGAAGGCUACAAAAUACGGAUUCAUUCUGAGACUAUUCUUCAACGAUGAUUAAGUCGAUUAACAUUAAAAAAAAUUGUCAAAAUAUGUGAUAGAUAGUCUUCAAAAUUGAUGAAAAAUAGCAUUUUAAAAAUAAAUCAAAAUCUGUGAUGCAAUAAGCUUCAAAAUCGGGAAAUAAUAACAUUUCCAAAGGAAAAAAGAAUAUUUAAGAAGUGUGAAUAUUAAUUUGGACGCAAUGGAAUGGAGAGAGAGAGGAGAGAGGAUUAAAGCUAAAGAAAAAGAAAACAUAAUUUGGGGGGGUCGAUGAAAACAGCUAGCGUGCAGUACUGGUCGAUUACCCAACUAACCUUCUUUCUCUUCCCCCGGACCCAACCGAACCCAAUCAAUCUCCCUUUUUUCUCUUUCUCUCUCUGGAUCUCUCUUUUUCUUUGGCAAAGAUUCAACCCUCUCCUCUCCUCUGGUUGUUUCAUUUCCUUCCUAUACCAACCAAAUAUCUCAGCAGCAGCUGGUUUUGCGGGGAAGGCAUAUAUAGGAGGCGGAAGAGCUUAAUUAAUUGUUUGCGCAAUCUAAUAAAGGCGACAUAUAUAUUACAUCGAUCUCUAUUAUCUAUGGGUAAAAUUAGCAGUGCAGCAGUGGAAGAGGAGGAGGAAGAAGAAUCGCCAUUAGUUACCAAUGAUGAUGAGCAUCAUCAAGCUAUCAUAUCCACUGCAAGUUUAUCUGCAGCUGUUUCAUCAUCAUCAUCAUCAGAAGAAGAAGAUCCAAUCUCCCAGCAGAAACAGCUGCAGCAGCAGCAAGGCGAUCUCGUUCACAGAACUGGAACGAGAUGGACGGCGGUGGCGCAUAUAAUAACGGCGGUGAUAGGGGCUGGAGUGCUGUCGCUGGCAUGGGCGGUGGCGCAGCUUGGUUGGAUCGCCGGACCAUUGUCGAUGAUGGCCUUCGCUGGAAUCACGUACGUCUCCGCCACCAUCCUGUGCGAUUGCUAUCGUUACCCUGACCCUGAGGUGGGCCCACGCCGCUUCCGCUCCUUCUUGGACGCCGUCCACCACUACCUCGGAGAAAGGAGCCAGAAAGCUGGUGGAGUACUUGUCCAGGCAAACCUCUUCGGCACUGCAAUUGCUUACACCAUCACCUCCGCCACCAGCAUCAGAGCCAUCCGGGAAUCCAACUGUUAUCACAAGGAAGGGCACCAAGCUCCUUGCAACAGCUACGGGGACGGGUAUAACAUGCUGGCGUUCGGGGUUGUCCAAGUAGUAAUGUCGCAGAUUCCGGAUUUCCAUAACAUGGAAUGGCUCUCCAUCCUCGCAGCCAUCAUGUCCUUUGCCUAUGCCGUCAUUGGAUUCGGCCUCGGCUUCGCCAAAGUCAUUGAGAAUGGAGAGAUUAAAGGGAGCAUGACCGGCGUGCCUGCUGCCAACACUGCCGACAAAAUAUGGCUAGCGUUUCAAGCCAUUGGGGACAUCGCAUUUGCGUAUCCUUACUCUCUUAUACUGCUCGAGAUACAGGACACUCUGAAGUCCCCGCCGGCCGAGAACAAAACGAUGAAGAAGGCGUCGGUGACGGCAAUAUUCAUCACCACCUUCUUCUACCUGGCGUGCGGGUGCUUUGGGUACGCUGCAUUUGGAGUGGCAACUCCCGGCAAUCUCCUCUCUGGGUUCGGAUUCUACGAGCCUUACUGGCUCAUCGACUUCGCUAACGCCUGCGUCCUUCUCCACUUGGUGGGUGCCUACCAGAUGUACGCCCAGCCGGUGUUCGCGUACGGCGAAGCAUGGUUCACCAGCAAGUUCCCUGACAGCAACUUGGUCAACAAGCACUACAACCUCAGUCUCCCCUCCUCCAAACACGUCACCCUCACUGCUUUAAGGUUGUGCUUCAGAACUGCAUAUGUGGCCGUGAGCACUGGCAUAGCCAUGUCCUUCCCUUACUUCAACCAGAUUCUAGGAGUGCUUGGAGGCCUCAAUUUCUGGCCAUUGUCCAUCUACUUCCCCGUCGAGAUGUACUUGGUCCAGAGGAGAAUUGGGGCUUGGACUAAGGAAUGGGUCCUUCUCAGAGCCUUUAGCUUGGGUUGCUUGAUUGUCUCCAUUUUGGCUCUCAUGGGUUCUAUCCAAGGACUUUUCAGUGCCAAGUUUGGAUGAACUAAUUAAUCAAUUAUCUAGUCUUGGAAACUAUUGUUGUUCUAUAAGCAAUGCAAUUGUGUGUCUCUCUCUGUUGAUAUAUAUAUGCUUCCUAUUUGUACUUAAAAACACACUUCAUAAGCCCCGUUUUCUCUACAGAAGGGACAAAAGUCGGUAAGAAAAGAAAGGGGGUUUUAUUUGGGCCUUCAGUUUGCACCAUGGAUGAGGGAGUGACUUUGGGUUCAUGGGCCUCCGUGUGGGCCUCCAGAUUUUAGAGCUAAUUUUCUUUUUCAGGGAAAGUUUAGAGUUAAUUUGACAUCAACUCCACUAAAGGUAACACAGCGGA